AUGGAGGGUGAGGAGGAACCGGCCUCAAAACCCCUCCUUUCCAAGAAAAAACCUAUCUUGGGGACCAAAAACCAAACCAAACUCAUCAAACCCAAGAAAACCAACUCCACCACCACCAUUUCCACCGCCGCCACCCCGAAAUCCAAGCUCAACAAAACUCUCAUCUCCACCCCCAAAACCUCCAAUUCCACCAAGCUCGUCAAACCCACCAAACUGACCAAAUCCAACUCUACCAAUUCCGCCAAAUCCGAGCUCAAAUCGCUCAAAUUAUCCUCCAAUUCCACCAAAUCUUCCAAGAAAAUCCUAGAUCCACCCGUUCCCAGGAACAAGACCGCCACCUCCAAACCGGCCACCGCCGGCGAGAAGAAUUCCAAACCAAAGCCGAAGCCGAAGUCCGCCACCGCCAAACCAGAACCCUGGCUCGCCGGCGACGAGGGCGACGACCUCAUCGCCGAGUUCCGCGACCUCCCGACCCGCCUCCAACAAUCCCUCUUCCCCGACCUCCAGCGCCUCUCCACCACCUCGAAGGCCUACCUCUCCCGCGCCAACCGCGAGAUCGCCGAGGGCGUCAAGCCCUUUGUGGGAAAAAGUUUCGCUCCCAAAAUAGCCUCCAUCGCCUCCGUUCUAUUUCUCGUUCUGCCCCUGCUUCUCGUCACCGCGCUCUUCCGCCGCCUCCGCUCUUACCUCUCCCUCCACCGGCUCCUCGUCUUCAUCCAGGCCUACCUCGCCAUCUACUUCGCGACGCUCGCGGUCACCGCCCUCGUGACCGGACUCGAGCCGCUGAGAUUUUUCUACGCGACGUCGCCGUCGUCGUACGCGUGGACGCAGGCGGCGCAGACGUUCGGGUAUUUGCUAUACUUGGUGGUGCAGCUGAUCAAUUUAGUGGUGGUGUUCUCCGCCGGUGAGGGGGCGGGUGCCGGGGCGAGGGUGUUUGGGCUGGCGCAGAUGCUGGUCGGGCUGGCGGUGGGGAUGCACUACUACGCGGCGGUGUUCCACCGGGCGGUGACUGGAGAUCCCCCGCGGGCCAACUGGCGGGUCCACGCGGUCUACGCCGCGUGCUUCCUCGUGAUCUGCGCGUGCGCGCGGGCAGAGCGCCGGAAGAAGACCUACCUCAACGACGGGGGAGAAGACGGGAAAAAAAGCUAA